CUCUAACUAAGGCGCAUAUACCAUUGCAGCACCGACAGGAAGGAAAGAUGGCAGCCAGCAAUAUUGUGUUAAAGUUUGCAGUCUUGGUAGCCCUGGUAGUGGAAUAUGGAAGCGCCAGAGACUGCCGAUUUUGCAUGUUCCUCCACAUGCGGUACAGCGGUAUGCCUCAAAUCGAGGGCAUGGACUGGGAUAGCAUCCUUCCUUCAUCUGUGCCAGGGAUGAACGAUACAGCUUGCUAUGAUGGCACCAGUACUGAAACGAUGCCUUGCGGGGAUAACCCUUGCACACUGACAGAUCUGCAAGUGGAUAUUUCUGCCUCCACGCCGAUUGGCCAAGAUCAAACGGCCAGUUAUUCGACGACCAUGACAAUGGUGAUGCGCAUGUGCGGACAGGCCGGAAGUACAGGGUGUACCCCUAUCACCAUGGACACCAAAGUGGGACCGCCCCAACCACCAAACAACGAACAGUCAACGCUCAGAGACCAGAUAUCCCAGAUGGUGCAAAAUGCGAACAUGUCCAUCACCCCCACGAUCUCUGGACAGCAGUGCGCAUGCGCUAACGGUGACGGCUGUAACAAGGAACCGUCCGCGAUGUCCUUGGUGGAAAUGACCACUACUAAAGCCCCGGUCACUACAACUGGACCCACAACGGGGGCAGGGUCGCUCCGAGCCGCCAUCUACACCGUGCUGAUCAUUCCUUUUGUGGCUAUGUUCUCUUAAACUAACGUUACAUAUUUCCAUCUGACCUCCAUGUGUAUGUAUAUGUAUAUGUACUAGGGCUCUUUCACGAGUAGAAUGCCGUGUAGCAGUAGUUUGCUUCUUUUUUUUCUAUCCCAAACAAAUUGAAUAAGAGUAGGAGAGAGUUCAUCUGUGGAUUACACGUACACUGUAUAUGACUGACACUGUUGAGGACAAAGAAGCAAAAAUAAGAUCAAUUAAUUUGGGCAUUGAUGUUGAUCGAAACUGCCCAAUGGUGACAACAGGAAUAAGAAUUUUAGGACAGAUGUCUUAUAGGACCCUUUAGAAUUAUGGGCCAAUUUCUGACAGGGUUCUAUAGGACCCUUUAGGAAAUUUCCGUUAUUGCAAGCGCGCAAUGUCUGCAGUGAAGAUGUCGCCAAAGGUUUCAGGCAAACCGUACCUUAGAGAUGGCACUGAACCCAACAACAGUGGAAACUGACUAUGUGUUGUCGCUGGUAUCAGUACUCACUAUACAGAACGUUUUGUGAACAAUACGGCAGUAGAUAUAUAUUAUUGCAUGUGCAAAACUGUUUUUAGCGUACAAAGUCGUGGUUCAACAUGACGCCAGUACCGAAUCCAUAUCACAUAUUGUAUGGCCAGGUAUGAAUUUAUUUCAUCUCACCAUAAUAUAUACCUGACUCGGGUUGAUCUUUGUACAAUUUUUUUUCACUAAGGUAUAUUUACUGUGGGUGCACAUCUGCAAAAUUAUGCACAUAUGCCUUUCCGUGUUGAUAAGAUCAAGUGAUAAGUUCUUCUCUACAGGAAAAUUAGACAUUUUGCUGAUGUUAUAAAGGCGGAGGCAAAGACGUGCGCUGUUGACAAAAGAUACUGGAUUUGAAAAAAAAAACCCUAUACAUGAGGGAAAUACAAUAUAUGUGGAAGGCAUGAUCCGAAUAUGCAGUUUGCAUUUGCGGUGACCUGGUACUUGGCUGAUCAGAACCAUGUUUUUAUUGAUGUGCUUAAUGUUUUAGAUGUACCUCCAUAUAACAAUACUGUAUCCGUGGCUCCACGAGUAGCAUAUCUAGGCAAUUUGCGACAAUACACGGAAUAUGUUCAUGUUCACCUGUAUGCACGCAAAGCGAUAAAACAAACAACAUUUGAAGCCUUAGCGUACAUGUAUGGUGACAAUUACACAGUUUUGUAUUUUUUCCACUGGCGUCUCUUUCGGUGUUUUGGAUUAUCUAAUAAAACAGCUUUAAAUCUGUU